AUGGCCCGCGCACAAGUGCGACUCAAUGUCUACGAUAUGUAUUGGUUGAACGAAUAUGCCUCGAACGUUGGUGUCGGCAUUUUCCAUUCCGGCAUCGAGGUUUAUGGAAUUGAAUAUGCGUAUGGCGGCCAUCCAUUCACGUUUUCCGGUGUUUUCGAGAAUAGCCCCCAAGAUGCCGAGGAACUCGGCGAGAAUUUCAAAUUCAGGGAGUCUAUUUCGAUCGGUGAAACCGACUUCACAGCGGCUGAGGUGCGAACAUUAAUCAAGGAGAUUGGCAAGGAUUUUAGAGGCGAUAAGUACCAUCUGAUCUCCAGGAAUUGCAAUCACUUCACCGCGGCUUUCGCGAAGGAAUUAACUGGAAAAGAAAUUCCCGGUUGGAUCAAUCGAUUGGCCGCCAUUUCUGGAUCGAUCCCCUUUUUGGAACGGAUGCUCCCGCAAGAAUGGUUAACACCAGUGGCUUUGCAACAAAGUAUCGAUGAACGAGAUCGAGAAAGGGACCGAGAGCGGGAACGGCAAAGAGAGCGAAGAGUGGAAUCGAUUGAAAAAGCAGAAGAAGCGACCGAAUCGGCGAUUAGGAGACAGUUAAAUGACUCUCAAACAACGAUGCUGAAUGGAUAUGCGGGACGAGGGAGCCUCACGACCCAUCAUGAAGAUGCAUCCUCAAGCAGUUCCUCUUCAUCAGACGUCUCUUCGUCACCCUCAAUCACUCGAUGCAACACAGACGCCUCGAUAAACGAUGGGGAUGUAUAUUAUAGGCCCCGUGUUCGUUUCAUCGAGAAAGAAGUGCACACACAUCUUUCGGUUACGUGUUUCCUUCGGUUCUUUUCCCUUCUAUUUGGCUCAUAUUCUAGAAUCACUAUG